UUUUUUUUUUUAUUUUUGUCCUUUUUCCUUUUCAUAUAUUACUUUUACCAUGACUAUUGUUCACAUUGUUAUUGCAAAGUUCAAACCUGAAGUCAGUGAAGAAAUCAAACAACAAGCGUUAGUAGAUGUAUUAGCACUCAAAGAUACCAUUCCUCAAAUUAAGUCUGCUUCUGCUGGAAAGACCUUUACUGAUAGAAGUAAGGGUUUUGAAUAUAGUUGGGUAGUAGAAUUGGAUACCAAAGAGGAACUUGGGAUUUACGCAGAAGCACCUAGUCAUGUUGAUUUUGUGAAAAAGUAUAGACCUAUGAUGGAUGAUCUAAUUGCUGUGGACUAUGAAAAAUGAUCAUCUCCUUCGGUAUCUGAAUCUUUUUUUUUCUGAAAUAAAAAAAACCUCAAUUGUGUUCCAUUUUU